CAAGGGCGCUUUGCUUGCAUUUCCUGACCGAGGAACGAGAAAGACAGUGGAGAACAUGGAGCUCUCCUGUGGAGUGGCCGUCCUCUUCUUCUCCUUGGCCUUGGCUUCGGGUGACCCCUUGACCGUCCUGGUGUGGGAAUGGCCCGAUGGCCAAACGCCGGACCUCUCUGCCGACGUCUGCUCCCGGCUCUUUGGCCUGGAGGGCUGCUGCUUGACCACCGACCGGAGCCUUUUCAACCGGGCCGAGGUGGUGGUCUUCCACCACCGGGAGCUGGGCCGCUCCCCUCUCCCGCCGGCCAAAGGCCACCCCGGCCAGAGCUGGACCUGGGUCUCCUUGGAGUCCCCGGAGCACACCAAAGGCAAUGGCUCAGAGGCGGCCUGGACCUGGGUCAUGAGCUAUCGGCGCGACGCGGACAUCUUCAUGCCUUACGGGAAGCUGGUGCCUCGGCCGCCGGGGGACGGAGAAGUGGUCAUCCCCCCAAAGUCCGGCCUGGUGGUCUGGGUGGUCAGCCACUUCCGCCGGACGCAGGCGCGGGCCAAGGCCUACUACGAGCUCUCCAAGCACAUCCAGGUGGACGUCUUUGGCCGGGCGGCCGGGCAGCCCUUGGCCCCGGAGGAGCUCCUGCCCACCAUCUCCCGGUACAGGUUCUACCUGGCCUUCGAGAACGCCCUCAGCCGGGACUACGUCACCGAGAAGCUCUGGCGCAACGCCCUGCAGGCCGGCAGCGUCCCCGUCGUCCUGGGGCCCCCCCGGGACAACUACGAGGCCUUCCUCCCGGGCGGGGCCUUCCUCCACCUGCACGACUUCCCCUCCGUCCGGGACCUGGCCCACCACCUGCGCCACAUGCCGGAGGACGUCUACCGGGGCUUCUUCGACUGGAGGCAGCGCCACGCGGUCAAGACCUUCCAGGACUGGAGGGAGCGCUUCUGCGCCAUCUGCACCCACUACCCACGCCUCCGGCAGAAAGGGGGGUCCUCGGCCAUGGGCACCACCCAAUCCCUCCCGACAGAGGACCAUCCGGCCAGAGAGAGACAAGACUGAGAGUGAGGGGACCUAAUUAUUAUUAUUAUUUUAUUUUAGGACACAGCAAACAAGACAGACAUUAUUAUUAUUAUUAUAUUAAUAUAUAUUAAUAUUAUUAUUAUGACCCUAGAGUUGGGACCUCUAAAGGCUAUCUAGUCCAAGCCAUAAAGGAAGUCACCAUCCAAUCCCUCCCAACAGAGGACCAUCCAGCCAUAGAGAGACAUGACUGAG